AUGAGAACUGGUGCGGUCCAGAACUUAAUACAGUUACAAAUAAACAUGAAUAUUUGUAGAGUGAAAGGCACGAAAUUCUCAGUUUGGGUAACUUUUGGCAAGAGCGUAGAAAUACAUUCGACUUAACGAUAAUAAUUUCAGGAUAAUUGCUGAGAAUAAUGAUCCGCUCUUUGAUCAUUAUCUCCCUGCAUUUCUUGACGGUGAUUAAUUUUUACGGCAUACUAUUCGUUUGUCGAGCUGAAAAUGAAACUGUGGUAUUGGAGUUAGUCAGUGUCCUGUUUCGACACGGUGAUCGUACUCCUGUCAAUACCGGCGUGGAAACUUACCCAGAAGAUCCGUAUCUGAAUUCCGAAUUCUUCCCAGAUGGCCCUGGAGCUCUAAUCAAUACUGGGAAAAAACGGCAAUUUGAAUUCGGAAAAGCGUUGAGAUCGCGAUACGACGAGUUUUUAGGCCCCUUCUACUACCCUAAGAUGCUCGAAGCCCGCAGCACGGAUUUUGAUAGGACAAAAAUGUCCCUCCAAUUAGUUUUGAACGGUGUAUUUCCACCGGCACCAAGACAGCAAUGGAAAGACGGGGCGGACUGGCAGCCCAUACCUACUAAAUACUCUCGCGAAUAUGAAGACUUUCUGCGGUCCGACAGCUGCCCAAAAUAUCUCGCUGAAACCAAGCGGUUUGCCAAUACUCCAGAGAUGCAGGCAAAGCUAGCCGAAUUUAAUGAUCUCAUGAAAUGGCUGGAGAUAAAGACUGGUAAGGCGUUCGAGGACGCUCGAAGCCUACACGAAAUUUACACUACCCUUACUACUCAAAACUCCAUGGGCUUGGCGCUUCCGGAAUGGGUGAACGAAACUAUUCUUAAUCGUAGACUUUAUGACGGCGAUGUAUUACACUAUGAGAUACUCAAUGGCAAUGUUGAAUUGAGGAGAUUAUUCGGGGGAGCGUUGUUGCGCAAAAUUAUCGACAAUGGACUGAAACAUCGAAACGGAACCCUUGAAAAGGGUAAAAAACUUUACUUAUAUAGCGCCCACGAUACGACGAUGGCUGGUUUUAUGUGGACUCUUGGAAUCUGGGAAUCUCGCUUACCAGAAUUUUCCAGCGGCGUGAUCAUUGAACUUUUGAAAAAAGGAGUCGAAUAUUUCGUCAAGGUAAUCUACUACCAAGGGAUUCCUUCGGAAUUCGUUGAAAUGCAGAUACCGGGAUGCGCUAGGUUAUGCCCAUUCGAAGAGUUCAUCAACCUUUUGAAGGAUGUUAUUGCAACAGAUGAGGAUUUGCAAUGCGUCUAACGCCAAUUAGAUAGAUCUAAAAAUUCAGUCAUCGCCGGACUUAUAUCAAUAAUUAGUUGAUAAUAUAAAUCUUAAAUUACUACAGUCUUUUAUGAUACUUAUAUAUCGUGAAAUCAAAAAUAUGUAUAGAUAA